UUAUUUCAUAGUUUUGCUCUUUUCCUUCGUUUAGCCUCUAUUCAUAUUUUUUCAGAAGGCAAGAAAAAACUGUUAUGAAGCUGAUUGUUGAUUCCGAGACUGAUAAAGUUCUUGGGGCAUCAAUGUGCGGUCCAGAUGCACCUGAGAUUUUGCAGGGUCUAGCUGUUGCUGUCAAAGCUGGAGCCACUAAAGCACAAUUCGAUAGCACUGUCGGUAUCCAUCCUUCAGCUGCAGAGGAGUUCGUCACAAUGAGGACUUUGACUCGGCGUGUUGCUGCAGGGAAGCCAAAGACGAACUUGUAGAAGUUUUUUUUAUUGCUGCAAACCUUCAAAUUUAUAGCUUACUGAAUAAAUGGUAUCUGUUCUCAGAGCACUUCAUUCCUGGAGUGUUCCUCCGAUGCCUCACCUAUUCACUAGAAACUUGUAAUGAUUGAACAAGGAUAAAUGCAAACUGUGAGUAUUCUGUCUUAGAUUAUUUAAUAUUCCUGAUGUAUUGGUAGAAUUCUUCUGUUUUAUCAUUAAUUUUAUUAUGCUUUAUGUUAAA